AUGGCUCUGCUGGCGCCCAUCCUCGGAGCCCGCGUGCGGCCGGUGCCCCGGCGGCCUGGGCUGCUGCGCGCUCGGCCGCCGCCGGUGGGGGCGCGGGCCCGGGACAAAGGAGCCGGGCGGCCCGAGGGGCCCCGCAGCCUCGCCGCCAUGCCGGGGCCGCGCACGCUCGCCAAUCUGGUGGAGUUCUUCUGCCGGGACGGCUUCAGCCGCAUCCACGAGAUCCAGCAGCAGCACACAUGGGAAUAUGGAAAAAUCUUCAAGUCUCACUUUGGUCCUCAGUUUGUAGUAUCUGUUGCAGACCGAGACAUGGUGGCUCAGGUGCUGCGGGCGGAGGGGAUGGCGCCCCAGAGAGCCAACAUGGAGUCCUGGCAGGAAUACCGAGACCUGCGGGGCAGAGCCACCGGGCUCAUCUCAGCGGAAGGCGAGCAGUGGCUCAAGAUGAGGAGAGUAUUGAGACAGAGAAUCCUGAAGCCUAAAGACGUGGCUGUGUUCUCUGGAGAAGUCAACCACGUGAUUGCUGACUUAAUCCAGAGGAUCUACGCGCUCAGGAGCCAGGCGGACGAUGGGGAAACCGUAGCCAAUGUUAAUGAGCUUUUCUUCCGGUACUCCAUGGAAGGCGUGGCCACCAUCCUCUUCGAGAGCCGGCUGGGCUGCCUGGAGAGCCAGGUCCCGCAGACAACGGUGGAGUACAUCCAGGCGCUAGAACUCAUGUUCAGCAUGUUCAAGACCUCCAUGUAUGCGGGUGCCAUCCCCCGCUGGCUCCGGCCCCUCGUGCCCAAGCCCUGGCAGGAGUUCUGCAGGUCCUGGGAUGGACUCUUCAAAUUCAGCCAGAUCCACGUCGACAGGAAGCUGAGGAGCAUCCAGUGCCAGGCGGAGCGGGGCGAGCAGGUGCGAGGGGGCCUCCUCACCUACCUGGUCCUCAGCCAGGCGCUGACGCUGGAGGAGAUCUAUGCCAAUGUGACCGAGAUGCUGCUGGCCGGUGUCGAUACGACGUCCUUCACCCUGUCUUGGGCGGUGUACCUGCUGGCGAGGCACCCGGAGGUGCAGCAGACUACGUACCAGCAGAUCGUCCGGAACUUGGGAGAAAGGCACGUGCCGACGGCCGCGGAUGUCCCCAAGGUCCCGCUGGUCAGGGCGCUGCUUAAGGAGACCCUCAGACUGUUUCCGGUGCUACCGGGAAAUGGCCGGGUGACCCAAGAAGAUCUGGUGAUUGGCGGGUAUCUGAUUCCCAAAGGCACACAGCUGGCCCUCUGCCACUAUGCCACGUCCUAUGAGGAGGAAAACUUCCCGCGGGCCCGGGAGUUCCGUCCGGAGCGCUGGCUGCGGGAGGGCGGCCUGGGCAGAGUGGACAACUUCGGGUCCAUCCCCUUCGGUUAUGGCGUCCGCAGCUGCAUCGGGCGGAGGAUCGCCGAGCUGGAGAUCCACCUGCUCAUGAUCCAGCUGCUUCAGCACUUUGAGAUCAAAACAUCGCCUCGCACCACAGCUGUUCACGCCAAGACGCACGGGCUGUUGGCACCAGGGGAGCCCAUCCACGUGCGUUUUGUCAACAGGAAAUGA